UUCAUUUCUGUAGAGCCGCAAAAAUCGAACAAGCAAAAGAGGACCCCGAGUAGGCGCGAUGGUAGCUGAACUCCAUAUCCCAAUGAGAGCCCUAUCUCCAUGGCCCAAUAUAUCUGGUGCAGGGACAAAGGCCAGGACUACCACUUACCCAUAGUCGUAUUUGAACAAAGGUCAGAGCAACGACCCACAAACCCGGGCAUACGAGUGCUAUGGCACAGGAGCAUUGUCGCCAGGACUUGCGUGCUGGACGACACAUCGUGCUAUAGUAAUCUUACGGGCGAACGAUACGGAAACAUGACAUGGAGCUCGGACUUGCCCAAGUGACAUUGAUGCCUCACUUCAUAUAGAACAACAGUUGCAGCCAUGACAAACUCUAUGCCCGGAAAUAUCAUAGCACAUGUCCAACGCGCACUAGCACCCAUCUGUACA